AUUUUGUUUUAAGCGUUUAAAAUAGUCGAAAAAUGCUCUGAAAACCAUGUGAAAGAGAACCAGAGUGCCACGAGCGUUUCUAGCAAACUGUAAGUGUAUUUCCGUGCGUAUGAAAAGCAGUCGACCGACCCGACGCGACGGGAAAGCCAAAGAAAAAGCGAAAAGAGAAUAGAGAAAAAGUAGCGCAGUUUCCACAGACCACAGUCUGUUCGGUGCGUUCGUAUGCGUGUGUACAUAUGUGCAAUAUUGUUAGGAUAAACAAAAGCCAAUAUGUCGCCACUUGAUGAAAAGUUCACGGCACAACAAAAGCAGCAGCAACAACAACAACAACAACAGCAGCAGCAGCCACAAAACAACAGCCUUGGUAGCUUCCACAACAAAAUGAACGUACUGCCCAAUUACACGAUGAGUGGCAUGAGCUCCUUUGAUGCCGAAUCCCUGCCCGAUUACUCAGAAUUUGAUUCCGAAUCGGUAACAUUGGACUAUUACAAGGAGAGUGUACUACGUCCACCAGCGGAGAAAAUGGCGCCGACAACAACGAUUGAGACCAUCACAAUCACGAGGCCACUCAAGGUGAUUGCAUUUAUCUGUGGCGUCAUUGUGGUGGCCCUCAUGUGUAUGGCCCUGGCCUCAACAGACUGGCUGAUGGCCGCUGACUGGCGGCAGGGCCUCUUUGUACACUGCAUUGAGGAUGAUUCGGUGGCGCCGCUGCCGUUUAACAUACAGGAUCCACCAGGUUGCUACUGGACCAGGGACGUAGGCUACAUUAAGGCCACGGCUGCGCUCUGCAUUAUCACAUUGAUAACAGAUGUCAUUGCCACAGUGCUGACCGGCAUGGGCCUAAAAACACAGAAUCAUAAUCUAAAAUAUAAGUUCUAUCGCAUAGCGGUAUUGGUGAUGCUUGUUUCCUUGCUGGCCGUACUGUCCGCCUUGAUCGUGUAUCCUGUGUGCUUUGCCGGCGAGCUGACCAUGGCCAAUCGUCGAGUUUGGGAGUUUGGCUGGGCCUAUGGCGUGGGCUGGGGUGCUGCCAUCUUCCUGUUUGGCGCCGUGGUCCUGCUGCUCUGUGACAAGGAAUCGGAGGAGAUCUACUACAAGGAGAGGAAGAUCGUACAUGAAAACCAAAUGCGCGCCUAG